UAGUACGCUAAACCGUAAUUGGCGCGUAAAGCUCGGGCCGCACUUUUUUUUUCUCGUCCUAUCCUCGAAUGGCCUGCAAAGAUCUUCCUCAGUUGCACACUUUUCGACAAGCAGCUGUGCACACCGUUCAAAAUGGCAGCUGCUGCGACAAAACAUAUUGCUGACUUCAGCAUUAAGCCUGAAGCAGUGACACCCUCCAUUCCCACGUCGGAAUGGCCCUUGUUACUUAAAAAUUAUGAUAAAUUGCUGGUCAGAACGGGUCAUUUCACUCCUAUCCCAGCUGGUUGCACCCCCCUGAAGCGUGAUUUGAAGUCCUACAUCAGCUCUGGAGUUAUCAACCUCGACAAGCCUUCAAAUCCUUCUAGCCAUGAAGUUGUGGCAUGGAUGAAGAGGAUUCUCAGAGUUGAGAAAACAGGCCAUAGUGGAACUCUAGACCCCAAAGUCACAGGGUGCUUGAUUGUUUGCAUUGACCGGGCGACUCGUCUCGUUAAGUCACAGCAAGGUGCUGGAAAAGAGUAUGUCUGUGUUAUCCGCCUUCACGACCGAAUUCCUGGUGGUGAAGCCCAAUUCGCUCGCGCUCUUGAAACAUUGACUGGUGCGCUAUUUCAACGUCCACCCCUCAUCUCUGCCGUGAAGCGUCAACUUCGUAUCAGAACUAUUCACGAAAGCAAGCUCUAUGAGUUUGAUAAUGACCGUCAUCUUGGUGUCUUCUGGGUGAGCUGCGAAGCUGGAACCUAUAUCCGAACCCUUUGUGUCCAUCUCGGUUUGUUGCUCGGUGUUGGAGCACACAUGCAAGAACUUCGACGUGUUCGCAGUGGUGCCAUGGAUGAACAAGAUGGAAUGGUUACCCUGCACGAUGUUCUCGAUGCACAGUGGAUUAUGGAUAACCAGCGCGAUGAGACCUACUUGAGAAAGGUCAUUCGUCCGCUCGAAAGCUUGCUCACCACGUACAAACGUAUUGUGGUCAAAGACAGUGCUGUGAAUGCGGUUUGCUACGGUGCCAAACUGAUGCUUCCAGGGCUUUUGCGUUUCGAGGCUGGAAUUGAGGUCAACGAAGAAGUUGUGCUUAUGACAACAAAGGGCGAGGCCAUUGCUCUUGGUAUUGCCCAGAUGUCGACUGUCGAGCUCUCUACUUGUGACCACGGUGUGGUUGCCAAGAUCAAGAGGUGCAUCAUGGAGCGCGAUCUCUACCCUCGUAGAUGGGGACUUGGACCGAUCGCUUUGGAGAAGAAGAAGCUGAAAUCGGAUGGAAAGUUGGACAAAUACGGCCGAGCCAACGAAGCCACCCCAGCAAAGUGGCAGAGCGAAUAUAAAGACUAUAGUUUGCCAGCCGAUGAAAAUGCCGCUCCCAAACCUGCUGCGGCAUCAGCUGUGACAGAAGAUGCGCCCGUCAGCUCUCCACCCGCAAAAACAGAUGCUGAAGAAUCCAAGGACGAUGAAAAGAAGAAACGUAAGCGACAUGAGGGCGAGACUCCCGAAGAGCGUGCCGAGAGAAAGCGCAAGAAGAAGGAAAAGAAGGAACGACGGAAGUCCAAGCAAGAGAAGGACGACGAUGACAGCGACUAGGCGUCUUAGUAUACAAGCAAUGUUGGGUAUUUUUUAUACCACCAUUUGGAAGCUGUCUCGCCAUCCAGUUGUGUGAUUUUUGGAUUUCUUUGUAUCAUACAUAUAUGAUUCUUGGAUGGAGUUUGGGUUAUGGUCUGGUCUCUAUGUGUGUUGCGUUUUGUCAAAAGGAGAAAUCAAAAUCUAUCAUUUUUUGGUUCUGAAUAAGUGUUAUUCUAAAAGGUAGCCGUAGCAAAAAUAAACCUGGAGUCUAGCAAACA